CCAAAGCCAGCAUCUCCCCCGAAAUUCCUUCCAAAAUCUCAACUUUUCCUUUCUAAUUCCACCGCCAAUUUCCAAUCACUGCUUGCUCGUUUUUCCCCUCCCAAUUCUUCCAGUAAAAUUCAUUCCCUUCUUGCUCAUUCUUUUACCAAAUAUCACAUACAUUUCCUCAUAUACAUACCCGCUCAUUCUGUAGAGUAACAGCAUUUUCUCACUGUUAAUUCUCAAAACUCAAAUUGAAAUUCACUCGAAUUUAAAGAUGUCACAUCGAGUAAGAUGGAAUUCCAUGCCUAGGGUUCCUAGGUUGCAAGAUGAGGAGGACAAUGGCUGGACUGAGGCUGGUUUUGAGGAUACCAAUAUAUCUCUUUCUUCAGAAGACAAUGAUAGACCUGAUGGUAGGAAAAUGGGUCCUAACCACGGUACUAAUGGUUGUCCAGAUGAAACUGGAAGAAUUCCUUUAAUUAUGGGAGACGACAGGAGAACAAAGUGGAGAAAGCAUGGAAUUCUGCCUCAAUUGAUCGACUGCGAGACAUAUUUUAUUUGGCUCGAACUAAGGCUAAGGAAAGAAGUGGAUCUGAAAAUGUAGCUAAUUGGAAGGAUAUGGACCACCAUGGUUAAGUGUAGAGCAUUGGAAUGAGAUAAUUGAUAAACUUCGGAACAUUGAAGGAUGGAAGAAGAAAUCUAAACUUGGCCAUGACAACUGACUCACCGUAAAGUCAGUAACCAUUAUUAAGCACACUGCUGGCUUAAUAACAAUUGCUGCCCACAAGCUGAGG